GCACCGAAACAAAAUGGCCACGACAGCGGCUGCCGUGGCAGCCACCAGUGUCGUCGUAUUGGAUCGUGGCAAUAAUACGACAUGCACAAUCAACUUGCAUGGCGCCACAGUUGUGUCCUGGCGUGUUAAUAAUCAGGAACAGUUGUUUGUCAGUAAGCUGGCGUCGUUUGAUGGCAAAAAGGCGAUACGAGGUGGCAUACCCUUUGUAUUUCCUCAAUUUGGACCCUGGUCCUUUGGACCACAGCAUGGCUUUGCAAGAAUCACGCGCUGGCACUUAGAUCGCGCACCUGAACGCUUACACAAUGGCGAUGUGGAGGCAAUUUUCUCGCUAAUGGACAACGAGUUUACGCGAUCUAUAUGGAACUAUCAAUUUCGCAUCACCUAUCGGCUGAUACUGCGCGAGAAGGAGCUACACUUUCACAUUGGCGUCUAUAAUCCUAGCAAAGAUCUGAGCUUUACAUUCAACAUGCUGCUCCACACCUAUCUAAAGGUGCCAGAUGUCCGACGCUGCCAAAUAACUGGAUUGCAGGGCUGUCAUUUUAUAGACAAGACACGCGAGGGUGCUUUGUAUCAGGAGGGUCGCGAGGUAGUCACCGUCAAUGAGUGGACAGAUCGCAUCUAUCAGCAUACGCCGCAGGAGCAUGUGAUUACCAAUGUGGUAUCCGGCCGUAAGAUGAGGCUACACAAAUACAACUUUCCAGAUACGGUUAUUUGGAAUCCCUGGAUUGAUCGAUCACGUGAAAUGAGCGACUUUGGCGACGACGAAUUCCCCAAUAUGUUGUGCGUAGAAGCUGGCAAUGUCACCUCACCAGUCAUACUGCUACCUGGCACCUGUUUCGAGGCCAGCCAGAUACUACAGCAAUUCAAGUGUCCCUAUAAUUUGCAGUUACCACCUGGCAAAGUAGAACAAGACAAUGCCAUGCAAUUUAUCAUCAUCGAGGGCAAUGUGAGUCGCAAGACCAAACGGAAUCGCUAGCGUUUAAAGAAUCGGAACCCGUUGAGGUAAACCGAUUCGCAAAACAUUUGACUGAGAACCUGAAGAGUUUUCGAAAGGCACAGCAGAAACACAUACACAUUAGGAACACUGUCAGCUAUUUUCGAUAAGUGUAAAUCUUAAGUAACAAAUCCACUAGCGCAAUAUUGAGACCCAAAAAAAAAAAAAUUAUUUAAAUUUGUAAUGGUUUGUAAACCUAGUGCUACAUGCUAUAUAUGCAAAACUUUAUUAAUCGCUCACAUUGAAUGGGUUCGUGUCGUGUCCAAGCUAAUUAUAUGAUAAACUAAAUGGAAAA